UGAAAAGAAACCUUAUUUUGACCAGGGAUGCUCUCACCUCAGGGAAAAUCAUGGAUAUUUGUUCAAAAAAAUAAUAAAAUAGAAAUCGUUCUAUUACCAUGCAUAUUGGUUAAAUAAUAUUUAUAACAAUGCCCAUUUGAAAUUCGUUCGAUUCUGUCGUAUAAUUCGCUUUUCAUUCAAUCGCAGAAACGAUACGAGCAGACGACGAUGUUACUUAUAGGUCAUAUUUAUGCCCCGUGACCCAAGCGGACGUUACGAAUUUUGAUUAUUUGAAUUGCCCUUGUGUCAAUCGUUUCUUUGCCCUCUCACGCGGUACAAAAGCUGUAUUACUUGACAACUUUUUUGAUAUUCAACGAACGAAGAUGUGAAAUAAUAAACGCCUAGCGUUGAUUGUCCUCGCUCAAAUAGCCUAGUGAAGUAAAUAUUCGAAUAUCAAAACUUUAUAAUGGCACUGUACGUUGAUAAAAUAACAACGUUAUUCCGCGAAUGUAAAAUUUUGGAGAAUCAGGAGAGGCAACAAGAUAAAAAAUUAGCCACCACUGUGCAAACUCACAAGACAGAAAAUGAAGGAAAGACAUUUCGUAGAAUCGAAUACAAUCAUUCUCGGAAUCAUCACGAUAAUUUAAUAAUAAAUCUGGAAGAUGUUGAUUCACAAGAAAUUUUAUUCCGGAAUAUCCAAUCUUUCGUUUCAACUGCGAAAAUUCGAACUGCCAAUGUUGAAUUUUCAUAUUUGAACAAAAUGCUGGCAAUGUCAUGUUUGGCGAAUGGUGAUGAAAUGACUGCGAUAGAACAUUUGAUAGAAUCUCAUGCAGUCAUAUUGAAACAACAUAUAUAUCAUAGAUACACAAAGACGCUAGUGAGGAGAGAAUUUUUAAAUGAGCUGCAAGAAUCCGGUCUGAAACCGGCUCAUACAAAAUUUGAUCCAGACUCCGGGAAGGGUCAAAGCUCGUUAAGAGCAAGACUCGCAGAAAUGCCGAAAGAAUGGUACAUGGUCCAGAUUACAGCAGGCUACAAAGAUCCGUAUUCUUUGAAAGGCAACGACUCGGUCCUCGACACCAUGAUCCCGUUACACCUCACGAUUUUUCCCACAGGCAAAGGUGCCAUUGACCCCUUUCGCAUAACACUGCCAAAGCCUAAAAACGAAGAGAGUCAAGGAUACGACGGAUUGAAUGAAAUAGUCAAAAUACAGAAGAAUAAUAAGGCUGAUUUGGAAGCUUACUAUGCGAGCAAUAAGUGUUACUGGAAAAUGAGGGAAGCACAGAAUAACAGAAUGAAGACUGCAGUGAAGGAGCUCGAAUAUACGUGGUUGAGGGAAUGGAGAGUACUCUUGGUUGCUGAUCCCUUGGAAGAAUCACCACUAGCAAAGGAAAUGGGCGAUAUGAUUGACAAGCUCAUAGCCGAUGACUUAACUUUAAUCGCGAUGUCGUCGCGAUCGAGAUGGCUUUUAAAAAAAAUAGCAACGAGUUCUCAUUUUUUAAGCAAAGUUGAAAUUGCCAGAGCGGUUCAUUACGUUCUUUGCGGUAAUAAUAAACUCGCAAAUAAUAUUAUACUUUCGAUAGACGCAAAACUGAAGACUAUCACUCAUCCACAAACUGAAAAAAGAAAAACGUUGGUAAUUAUCGUCGACGAGUGUAUCGAUCACGUACCUUUUGAAACGAUGGAUGUGUUGGUGCAUCAUCCGGUCACGCGUUUUCCUUCGUUUCACAUUGCCUAUGCAAUGUUCAAAGAGCACGAGGACACUAUAGUCAAAGGUUGUAAAAUCGUGAAGAAUAACAAGGAGUUGGGCACGUUCAUUGUAAAUCCAGCUCGCAAUUUGGAGAGAUUAGAGAAGAGAAUGAAGCUCUUUAUCAACUAUUGGCUGCCGAAUUGGAAGGGAAAGUAUGGAAUGGAGCCGGAGGAGAAUAUUUUUGAAAACAUCCUCGUCAACAAAGAUGUACUCAUGUACUCUGGCCAUGGCAGCGGAAUACAAUAUUUGCCUGGAGAAAAAAUUGAGAGGCUGCGUGUUCGAGCUAUCGUACUCUUGUUCGGUUGUUCGAGCGUCAAACUUUAUCCAACCGGAGGAAGAUUUCCUCCCUAUGGCAUCUCAAAUCAGUACCUCAUUGCGUGCAGUCCUUGCAUGCUGGGAAUGUUGUGGGAAGUCACGGAUGGCGACAUCGACAGAAUGACCGCUCGUUUUAUGAGCGAAUGGAUACCAUCUGAUCCUGGAAAAUCUUGGUCCAAUGUAGACAUCAAUAAAUGGUGCGAAGGAAUCUUGAAAUUUAAAACGCCUAGUACUGGUGAUUCGAACAAAGCGUCGAUGAACGAACCGGAGCUUCUUCGAGCAGUUGCAAAGUCGAAAGAAGUGUGUACACAACAUAUGACAUCGGCAGCUAUAAUAGUACGGGGAUUGCCAAUAAGGCUGGAAUAAAUCUCGAAAUAGUUGGCGCUCGCUCAAUCGGGUCACAUGAUGAUUUGAGGCUCCGGCACAGAAACUCCAAUGUUUUUGUGGGGCAAGACUUGUCCACCGUUUAUGUAGAGCUCGUCCUUGACGAUAACAUCUUCACCGAGUACGGUCGUUCCUUCCAUUCGUACCCAACGGCCGACUACGCUUUUCCAGCCAACGAUGCAGCUUUAGAGAGCAAAAAAUGAACGAUAGAUCUUUACAAGAAUACAGGAAUGAUUUCUAUUCGAUCUUAUUAGAAGCCCCAAGGCUUGGAUUAAAAUUGAAAUUCAUUCGAAAUUCCCACCCUUCGAGCCAGGCGUGCUCCUUCACCACUGACGACCGAAGAAGCGUUGUUUUUUUCACGCAACAACCAUCCGCCAGGGUGACUCCUGGUCCGAUCGUUACGUUGGGACCGAUCCGGCAAUCUUUACCGAUUUUUGCACUCGGAUCGACCAAAACGUUGCCUACGACACCCGGUCCGUCGUACAAUUGGUGCGGUGAUUUUUGCCUCAAUGAUGCGAGAUACAUGCACAUCCCUAAUCAGUUAGAAUCUCGGAUUACUGAUUAAUGAUUAUGGAUUAAGGAGGACAGGGUUAGUGAGUCCAGGGAAAAUCGUUUUUUCAAACCUGUAAGAAAAUCUUUCGGCUGUCCCACGUCCAUCCAAAAACCUGACAAUUCCAUAGCAUAGAGUUGACCAUCUUCUGCCAUUUUCGGAAAUACUUCCUUCUCUAUACUCAUGGGCCGCAGUUCUAUUCUGCUCAGUACGCUAGGAUUUAAUAUGUACAUACCUGAAACAAUACAAAUUCUUUUCAAUAAACUGUACAUAAUUUUAUUAACGAUAAUAAACAAUUUGUACGUUUUCCAAUUGCAUUGUAUUCUGGUAUUUUUUCUUAUUAAAAGUUGUUUUGCAAAGA